AUGUUGACUUUUGAUGCAUCGUUCCAACAGGCUGAGUAUGAAAGAAAAGCGAAUCCGAACGAUAGAGGACAACAGGCUCUCCUCGAAGAGAUGCGGGCCCAUGUGAAGAAGCUAGAAGAAAUGCGCAAAAAUGAAGACCCUCGCCUGUCCUUCUCAACUCCAGAGUUCAAAGAAGCACAGAGGAUCUUCACAGACAACUUCAAGAAAAACUUCGGGAAGCCAGUUGAGUGGGCGCUCGUCAAGGAUCAUGCUUGGUCCACGCCUCAACUGCGAAAGUUGGACCAGCCGGUGGAUGUCGAGGGCAAGCCUUGGCCGCUCGACGCAAGCGGCAAGCCAGUGCUAAAGGCUUGA